UCAUCAAUCGGGCUCGGAAAGCAGUUUACUGUUUACCUUACUGUAGGACGAAGGCAAUAUUCAACAUUGGUAGAUAAAAGACAAAAUCAACGAACGAAUUCUAAGACAGAAAAUUAACGCUGACCGCACCGUUGGAUUACUUGUGGACCUGCGAAGCGUGAUUAACAAGAUUUUACAGCAGUGGUCAGUACUAUCGGCUAGCAUGGGUUGUACGCGUGAGAUGUCUGCAGAAGAAGACAUUGGAAAAGAUAGAAGUCGUAGGAAGUGCGCCAAAUCUCUGGCCGAGAAACGCCGCCGAGGACGAAUCAACUCGUGUCUGGUUCAGCUAAAGCGGUUGCUCCUGGCCAGUCAGGAGGGGGCAGACGACAAGGCCUCCAAGAUGGACCAGGCUGACGUCCUAGAGAUGACGGUGAAAUACCUGCGACGGUUGCGGCGGGAUGAGACGCAGGGGAGCGGUGAUGAAGAACACACACCGUCAAAAGCAAGCGAUAACUACAUACAGGGAUACAUGGAUUGCACAGACGCUAUUACAACAUGUCUGAAAAGAGAGGGCAACCUGGACAAAUUUAUUAAUUUUAGAAUGUUGGAUGAAGUGAGAAGUUACUCCAGGUCUCACAACUCUCUUACCAAAGAUGACACCAUCCAGGCUGAUUCAGCAUUCAUUCCAUCUACUCGGAGCCUGCAUUAUGAAUACGAGGGGUCGCGUGAUGAAAACCUGUCGUCUGCUUCACACAAGACAAGCCCCAUGUCUCCUUUUGUGCAAAAACUUGAUAACUUAACUGGCGAAGAAUUGCCAAACAGUCCCACGACGAAGAAACUAACAUAUUUACCGUUGUUUGUUUUCGUGAACACAGAACUCAAAGGCUCUCCAAACGUGGCAGACGGGAAAAUCAUAACAAAAGGACAACCUUUCGAGUUUAUGCCAUCGCCGACUGCCGACAGGGAAUCCACGGAAAAUUAUAGCGACGAAAAUGCAUCAGUUUGGCGACCAUGGUAGACUUUAAUGAACCGAUAUCUUUAUUUCAAUCUGACAGACAUUUAAAAUGCAUUUCUUUGUAUUAUAUUCUGCAUUUUCAGAGACAUCUUUAUGUGUCAAUAAAAGUGUGUGAAUAGAUUCAAGACCAUUUAAAGAUCUCUUAGUUUAUUAUUGGACCAGAUUUAUUUGUCACCAAGAGGCAGCAAGAACAGAUGCUGUAUUUGAAAGAAUAAUGCUUUUGAUAUAAUUUUUGUUAAUAAGAAGAAACAUGGU